CCAAAUAGUAUCUUUGACCCCUCGCGAAAUGCGAAAUGCGUUGCAUAAGCUGAAAAGGAAGUACGAUUUGAGUGCAAUCAGCUGGCUGUGUGUUGAUAAAGAGUUGAUAAACCUUUCCCCCGUGGAUGGUAAAGAUAAUGACAGAACCGUUAAACGUCAUUCAACUAGCGUCAUAAAUUUGAACCAUUCAAAGCGAUUGAAAAGGUGCGUUUGUCUGUGUGCAAUUAUUGUGCAUUUAAAUAUAAAAACAAUCUACACAUGCACAGAGACCACUCCGAAGAAGAAGACUGAGGAAGGCAGCAACAAGAACAACAAUAACAACGCGGGUGAUGCUGCUGCAAGUGAAACCAAAAAUUUGACCGCCAAAGAGGAAGAUGAUUUGACAUCAACGGAAACGCUGCGUGAAUCGCCAGUGCAAUGGCCAGAAAGAUUUCCGGGCAUGGAAGAGUUUCUAAGCCUGAGCGAGACACCAAUACACACACCUAGCAUUGAUCCGGCACAGUUGCUGACCAGCACCAACAAGACGGCGCUCAAUAAAUUCGCACGCAUGCCGCCAGAUCAAUUAAUUGAUAAGAUUAAAGCGAUGCACGAUGAAAUCUAUAAAUUAGGCAUAUUGGAGUCCAAGGAGAUGACACGCGGCAAGCUGUUGGGCAUCUUUGAUCGCGAUCGUCUGACCAAAACGAAAGGCAAUUGAAGAGAAUCAGCAAACAAAAUAUUUGUCUCGUGAGAUCUUCCGAAUUCUUUAACAAUUCGUCUUAGUUCAAACAAUGCAUAACUUGUAUCUCUUCGUAUAUUUACGUUUUUUUAUACCCCUCCUGAUUUUGAUUCAAAUGCGUGUCUAUAAUUUUUUACGCUAGUCAACAAUAAAUAACAUUUAUUUCCAUUAA